AUGUGUAUCAAAGUUGAUCGCUGGUUCUACUGCCCGGUGCAGGGACAAGGUCCUCCAGUCCCUCCAGAACGGGAACAUACCAAUACCCACGACAAUUUCUGGACAUAUUGGGAUCAUGGAGAGACGGCGGGCCUUGACGAGCAACGCGAAAUAAACCUACCUACCUUUCCAGGCUACCACUACGUGCACCACAACGACGAGCGCUGGAUCCGAUGCGCCAUGACCCAUUCUAGAGUCUGUCAAGAGUAUCCUCUGGAGAUUCGUACCGAGCUGUACGGUAUCCCAUGCCCGGACUGCUCCCAAGACGACCCUUGCGUCUUGUCUGCUCAACCCAUUCGCACUUACAAGAACCCGAGUCCCAACAUGACGCCAGACGCCUUCGCCCACAUUGCUGAUGCAUAUGCAUACGAGAUCAUUACCCUAAUUACUUCCUUCCUCAGGAUAGAGUUCAACGACCUGGGGCUCGAGGAGCCGGACUGGAAUGUGUACCAGCGCGGUCUUUACUGCACGCAGGAAAGGAAUCACAUUGUAGCAGACCGUGCCCGGAAUCCCGACGGCCCACUGAGACACAUUUGUGCUCUAGACUGUGCCUGUACAGCUCGUCCUUGGGCGCACAACGCCUCGCGCGCAGCUCGCAACCAGAAUGCCACCAAUGUGAGAAUCAGGGCCGCCCAAGAAUGGUUCUACUAUGCCUACACCGACGAGGAACCUUCUUGGUGGACCGACACUUACUUCGGCCACAUACCAAACCAGCUCUGGUUGAACAUGCAUGAGGAAGCCCCCCAGAGAUACACAGAUCUAAUCUCUCAGAUCACGAAAGCCGUGUACGACCUCAAUCGACUUGGCCCAACCAUCCAGACCGCAAGUCAGAACAGGCACAGAUUCGUACAUUCAAAUUAUCAAAGGUAUAUCCGGUUGGGACAGUCUACAGCUGCCCAACUCAUCACCUUGCCCUGUCUCGACCCUGGCAUCACCACCGAGUUUCUCGACCUGCUCAUGCGGGAUCACUUCCUCACGGCUCUGUGCCCUCAUAUCGAUCCUACGAAUGACCAGAUAUACACUCUCGACUGCCAGAAAACACCCACGGAAGCAAUGAAAAUGCUUCUUUUUUAUAGUCGUCGUGUGUUUGGGGACGACAACACGCGGCGUGAGGCCUUCCGUCGUGGCGUACGACAAUCUGCACUUGUAAACGCCCUCGAACGCAACCGGGCUAUUUGCCAUCACAAUGCCCUCGUCAAGAAGCAAGUCGCCGAAGGUUUUGCUCUCACUCGUGUGGCCAACUCCCGGUACGCUGCGGCCAGUACCCAGACCUGCCCUAUCUGCGCCGAUGACUUUGACGACUCCAGCACCGUGCUCCAGACCCCCACGCACCUUCGGGCUGUAGAAAUGCCCUGCUGUCACCAGUUCUUGCACGUCCGCUGCCUCAAGGGCAGUGCUCUACACUGGGAGAAAUGCCCCCUGUGCAACAGGAACCUCAAGGAUGUCGGCCUUUCUAUAGAAAGGUUUGCUCCAGACCAGUCCAUCCAGCAGGAGGUCCGUCGAGAAGACCUGCCUGAGGGCAUGAUGAGGCGUCCAAACGCGUCUGAGAGGGAACUCGUCGAGGUCAAUCGUCACCUCAUCAUUGACUAUGUUCGAAAUCGCCUACAAGAAGAAGAGGCACUGCCUGCUUUCAUCCCUGUACAAGCUGAAUGGAUAUGA